AUGUCCUGUCUGUCCUCCCGCAUCGGUGCCCCCUGCGGGGUCCGCGCCUUCAGCUGCGCCUCCGCCUGCGGGCCCCGGCCCGGCCGCUGCUGCAUCACGGCCGCCCCCUACCGCGGCAUCUCCUGCUACCGCGGCCUCACCGGGGGCUUUGGCAGCCAGAGCGUCUGCGGGGGCUUCCGCUCUGGCUCCUGUGGCCGCAGCUUCGGAUACCGCUCGGGCGGCGUGUGCGGACCCAGCCCGCCCUGCAUCACCACCGUGUCGGUCAACGAGAGCCUCCUCACGCCCCUCAACCUGGAGAUCGACCCCAACGCGCAGUGCGUGAAGCACGAGGAGAAGGAGCAGAUCAAGUGUCUCAACAGCAGGUUCGCCGCCUUCAUCGACAAGGUGCGCUUCCUGGAGCAGCAGAACAAACUGCUGGAGACCAAAUGGCAAUUCUACCAAAACCGCAAGUGCUGUGAGAGCAACCUGGAGCCGCUGUUUGAGGGCUACAUCGAGACGCUGCGGCGGGAGGCCGAGUGUGUGGAGGCCGACAGCGGGAGGCUGGCCUCAGAGCUCAACCACGUGCAGGAGAUGAUGGAGGGCUACAAGAAGAAGUAUGAAGAGGAGGUGGCACUAAGAGCCACCGCUGAGAAUGAAUUUGUGGCCCUGAAGAAGGACGUGGACUGUGCCUACCUACGCAAAUCAGACCUCGAGGCCAAUGCAGAGGCCCUGAUCCAGGAGAUUGACUUCCUGCGGCGACUGUAUGAGGAGGAGAUCCGUAUCCUUCACGCCCACAUCUCAGACACUUCGGUCGUCGUCAAGAUGGACAACAGCCGGGACCUGAACAUGGACUGCAUCGUAGCCGAGAUCAAGGCUCAGUAUGAUGAUGUUGCCAGCCGCAGCCGGGCCGAGGCAGAGUCCUGGUACCGCAGCAAGUGUGAGGAGAUGAAGGCCACAGUGAUCCGGCACGGGGAGACCCUGCGCCGCACCAAGGAGGAGAUCAAUGAGCUAAAGAGGCUGACCGCCGAGGUCGAGAAUGCCAAGUGCCAGAACACCAAACUGGAGGCUGCAGUGACCCAGUCUGAGCAGCAGGGCGAGACGGCCGUCAGCGACGCACGCUGCAAGCUGGCCGAGUUGGAGGCCGCCCUGCAGAAGGCCAAGCAGGACAUGGCCUGCCUGCUCAGGGAGUACCAGGAGGUGAUGAACUCCAAGCUGGGCCUGGACAUCGAGAUCGCCACCUACAGGCGCCUGCUGGAGGGCGAGGAGCAGAGGCUGUGUGAGGGCAUUGGUGCUAUAAAUGUCUGUGUCAGCAGCUCCCGGGGUGGGGUUGUCUGCGGGGACCUCUGCGUGUCGGGAUCCCGGCCUGUGACCGGCAGCGCCUGCAGCGCCCCCUGCAGUGGGAACCUGGCGGUGAGCACGGGAAUGUGCGCGCCCUGCGGACAGAGCUGUGGCAGCAGCCGCUUGGUGCGAUUUGCUUAGCGCCUCUCUUUGUGCAAAUACCGAUCCGCGAGCGAACCGGCCCCAACUCCAGCGGCCUGCCCGGACCUCAAAAAGAAUCUGGGCUUAAGACGGAAGGGCUUCGGGAACCAGCCGGCCUGACCCUGCCUACACUGCUGCCUUAAUUUCUCGAACCACAGCCCUUCACCCCCACCCGAUCCUCCGCUUGUCUCUUCAUUUCUUCCAGGGAGGCGGAGCUCCCCGCCCCAUGUCUUGGCGGCUCUUCCCCAUCCCUUAGAGUCUAAACGACUAGGUUUCCUCGCAGCCCUGUGCAAAUAUCCAGUCCUGACUUGGGCUGCUGUGGAGGCUUGGACUCCCGUGUCUUCUAAGGGACCGGUUGGCUCUAGGGCCCCUCAAGUGUGGAAGUGCUGCUGGUGUUGUGCCUUCCCUACCCUGUAAACCAGCGCACAGUGACUGAAGCUCUGUCUCCCUGGGGAAAACUUUCCGCAGCUGCUUGGGCUCCCUCUCCCUUGCGCUUGGUCUCCACGUUUUCAAUAAAGCUCACGGGUCAUAUAAAUCGCACUGGAGACUCCCUACGCGCCUCUGUGUGACACACGUGGACUUCCGACCCAGUUUUUACCCCCGUUGUAUGCAACAGAGGAGCCGUUCUCUACCAAAGAGGCAGAGAGGGCUGCCACAGGUGCCACAUUCCUACAUUCUGAAGUGUGCAGGGGCAUGGCCCCGCAGACCCAAAACCCAGAC